AGACCUGGAUUUCGCGGGUAAAGAAGUUAAUAAUCAAAGGUUUUUUAUGUAGGGGGAGAGGGAAAAGCGGGCAACGUCAGAUGACGCCGUUUCUAGUGUGUUGAAUUGUUUGAACGGCAUAACGAACCCUUCAGAAAAGGCAUUGAAAAUCAAAGAUGAGGCAAAUCAGUUCUUCAACGAUCAAGCUUAUGAUGUUGCCAUCAAAUUGUACACUAAAGCGAUUGAACUGGACAAGGACGUAGCUGUAUUUUAUGCUAAUCGAAGUAUGGCGUAUUUGAAGAAGGAACUGUACGGUAGCGCAUUGGAGGAUGCAGAAACAGCAUUACGGAUCGAUCCAAAUUAUAUAAAAGCUUAUUAUAGGAGAGGAACUGCAAAUAUGGCUCUUGGGAAAUUUAAGCUAGCUUUAAGGGAUUAUGAUGCAGUGAGAAAAGUUCGACCUAAUGACAGAGAUGCGGUGAAUAAAUAUGUGGAAUGUUCAAAAAUUGUGAAGAGGUUAGCUUUUGAAAAAGCAAUUUCGACUGAACAUGAGAAGAGGAGUUGCGCAGAUUCGAUAAAAUUAGAAUCAAUGGAAGUGGAGUCUUCUUAUGAUGGUCCCAGACUAGAUAAUGAGAUCACUGCAGAGUUUAUGAAAAGUUUGAUUGCGACUUUUAAGGCAGAAAAAAAAUUGCAUAGGAAGUAUGCUUACAAGAUCUUGUUAGGUAUUAGGCAGUAUUUAGGCGGGCUGCCAAAUAUGGUAAAAAUCACUGUGCCGCCGGGACAGAAAUUCACUAUUUGUGGUGAUGUCCACGGGCAGUUUUACGAUCUCUGUAAUAUUUUUGACCUCAAUGGUCUUCCAUCGGAGACUAACCCAUAUCUAUUCAAUGGUGAUUUUGUUGAUCGCGGGUCGUUUUCUGUUGAAACCAUAUUUACACUUUUUGGGUAUAAGCUGCUGUAUCCGGACCACUUCUUCUUGUCACGAGGGAAUCAUGAAAGCGAUGUAAUGAACAAAAUGUAUGGCUUCGAAGGAGAAGUCAAAAGUAAAUACACUUCUCAAAUGGCUGACUUCUUUACUGAAAUUUUUAAUCACCUUCCUCUUUGUCAUUUGAUAAACGAAAAAAUUUUUGUUUGUCACGGUGGUUUGAUGAAGGAGGAUAAUGUUACCCUAAAAGACAUCAAUGCCGUAGACAGGGUGCGGCAGCCUCCUGAGGAAGGGAUAAUGUGCGAUUUAUUGUGGUCUGAUCCUCACGAUUUAAUGGGUAGGAGUCCAUCUAAAAGAGGCGUAGGAUGUCAGUUUGGUCCAGAUGUCACUGAGGCUUUUUGCAAAAAAAAUGGGAUUUUAUACGUUGUUAGAAGUCAUGAGGUUAAACCAGAGGGGUACGAAGAACAUCAUGGAGGCAAAUGUAUAACGGUUGACACUAUGGGUAAUAAAGGCGCUUUCAUAACAAUUAAGGGCGACGACCUCAAGCCUAACUUCACCUCUUUUUCAGCCGUGCAGCAUCCACCUGUAAAAGUUUUAAAAUUUAAUAUUUGCUCUAAUUUUUUUUUCAAGUUUGAUGAUGUAAAGCCGAUGGCGUUUUCAAGCAGUCUUUUCGGAGAUUUAUCAGAUCCACUAAAAUUAUAUGUGCUCGUAAUUGUACGUUUUGCUCAUGUGUUGGAACGUCAACCUUUAGUCGUUGCUUUUUUUGUUAGUUUUAAUGUUAGAGUAGUUCUAUACAGUUUUUCUUCCAAGGUCUUUUAAAA